AUGUCGUGUAACAUUUACGAAGAGCCAAACAACUUAACAGAACCAGUCCGGUACUCGAGAGCGCCACUGAACCAGAACCGCGAAGAGAGAGUGGUGGAGAUCUACGAGAGCUCCUACAAUGGACAACUGGUACCUCGUCAAGUUCUCAACAGACCUCAGACCUGGUUCAGUCAAAACACAGACAGGUUGAAGCUGAUCUCCUCUGGUCUUGGUCUGAUCUGUGUGAUUCAGCUGUUUGUCAUCGCCUUCCUGACCUACUACUGUAUUCAAGGGAAAGAAAAAUCUGCAGAUAAUCAAGAUGACAAAAAACCUGCACCAGGACCUGGCUUGUGUCCUGAGCACUGGACUCGGUUCCAUUGCAGCUGUUUGAGUGUAUUUCUGGAGAAGAAAACCUGGAAUCUGAGCCGAGCCGACUGUGAGCAGAAGGGAGCGGAUCUGAUUGUGGUCGACAGCAAAGAAAAAAAGGACUUUGUGCAGAACCUCACGACUGAGCUAAAGCAGGACUUGUGGAUAGGACUAUACAAGCACAACGGGGUCUGGACUUGGAUCAAUGAUGUUGCACUUACUGGUCACAGGGCCUGGAUGGUCGGUGUCAGCCCUGAUCAUGCAGCGGAAGGAUCAUCUGCUUUUUUGGCGGAGGACGGAAACUGGGACUACGUCCAGGAAGGACAAAAAGGCUACGUGUGUGAACUUAAGCUCUGA